GGUUGCCAUGGUGAGAAAGACAUUCCAUCCUGACCUUCCAUCAGAAGGAGGGCUAGAAAUCGCCUGCCCCAACCUUCUCGAGUCACGACAAAGUGUAAACUAUUCCAGUGUAAUACUAUCGUCUACUUCAACUUAUGGUGAAUUCAACUGGGAUUCUGACACUCAAGGACUGAUCUUGGGCUCCUUUUUCUACGGUAACAUAAUUACACAAAUACCUGGAGGAAUGGCUGCUGAGAAAUGGGGAGCAAAGUGGUUGUUCGGAAUAGGGGUUCUCGUCACUGCCAUCUUCACUCUGCUCACUCCUUUGGCAGCUCGAUGGAAUGUCUACGCUCUUAUAGCCGCAAGAAUCAUGGAGGGGCUUGGAGAGGGGGUCACAUAUCCAGCCAUGAAUGCCUUCCUAGGUCGCUGGGCUCCCAAAUACGAGCGAAGUCUUCUUUCUAGCUUAUUGCCCCUUUCUCUCUCUGGUUACCUUAGCUCUUCGAGUUUCUUAGGUGGUUGGCCUUCUGUCUUUUAUGUGUUUGGCGCCCUUGGAUGCGUGUGGUUUGUUUUCUGGAUCAUCUUUGCAUACGAAAGCCCUGAUCAACAUCCUCACAUAUCAAAGGCAGAGUUGAACUACAUUCGAUGUGGACAGGACAGACAGGAAGGUGUGGUGAUUCCUUGGAGAUCCAUCUUACUAUCUGGACCUGUAUGGGCUCUGGCCAUCACCCACUUUGGAAACAGCUGGGGCUUUUACACCCUCCUCACGGAGCUCCCUACAUACCUCUCAAACAUCUUGCAUUUUCAUCUGAAAAAGAAUGGAGUUCUUUCUGCUCUUCCUUAUUUGACGAAAGCAGUUUUCGCAGUCCUCGCUAGCAUAGUAGCUGACAAAUUGAGAGCCAAGUCCAAUCUACGCAUCACCACCAUCCGAAGAAUCAUCAAUUCCAUUGCACUCUAUGGUCCCGGUGUAGGUAUACUGGCUGUAGCAUUUGUGGGUUGCAACCCGGUAGUCAUUGUGGUUCUGCUUACCCUCUCUGUGGGUUUCAACGGGUUCAUAUACUCAGGGUUCAACGUCACCCACGUUGACAUGAGUCCAGAAUUUGCAGGAACUUUAAUGGGAAUUACGAACUGCUUGGCGAACAUGUCUGGCUUCUUGGCGCCUGCUUUUGUGGGAUGGGCUGUCAGAGAUGGACAGACACUGAAAAACUGGGGCAUCGUUUUUGUGACCACAUCUGCCAUAUACUUUUUCACUGGAAGCAUCUUCAACCUCUUUGGAUCAGCUGAACUACAGCCGUGGGGAGCUCCGACCAAAGACCUCGGAUCUGGAAUAGUUGUCCGAAAACCCGAAAAGAAAGAGACUGGAAAAACAAAACGGAGAUCAUACCCAUAGAACAUCUUGGCUGCAUUUUCAUUUCCCGUGAAAUUUUCUAGUCGCAUUGUCUAGUCUAGUCCAGUCUGGUAGAUGGAUACUGAAGUUCGCUGCUCGUAGGAAUGGAUAAUGAGCAUGUCGAAUGUUUUUAUAAAGAAGAAUGGUAGUAACUGAAAUUUUUCAGACUGUAGCAGCUGUUUCAUUUAACCGUAGCAGAACCUCGUUUAUCCAGCCUUUAUUUAUCCGGAUCUAAAGAUUAUCAGAUAAAAUUUAUAGCUUUUAAAAAAGAACUGUGAUCACAUAGAUAAUCUUAAAUUAUAAUAGCAAGUAUGUAACUAUAUGUACGAUGAACAUUCGCUUUUUAUUUUGAUUAAAAAUGCAGCUCAUGCAGAUGUUGUGCAAUAAAUUCAAUAAAAUGUAACAAACACUUUAUGUAACAAACACACACACAGCUGCAGCUGAACUAUAAAGACAAAACGUUAGACUGAUCGUGAUUUCUUCGAAGCAAACGAUUGUUUAAACCAGAAGACAGUGGACCAGUUCUUUGUUAAGAAAUUUAGUAAAAAAUUGUUUUGAUAUUUUUUAAUGUCUUUUAAAUGAUUAUGUGUUAUUUUGCUACGAAAUAUGGU